UUAAACUGCCAAAAAUAAAUAAGAUUGUGAAGUAUAUGAACUGAAACCUCGUGCAUGCUGACCUACUGUGUUUGUGAAAUGAAACACAACAGCUUGUAGUGACUUGCCUCAGAACAUGGGAAGCGCAGCAAGCAUGUCUGUGCAGUCUCUUUAUCUCUUUAAAACCAUUGAGCAAUUCACUAUCCUGAGAGUAGGUAGGAACAGUAGUUGAGACGUGACUUCGGGAAUAUAAUAGUUAUUUUCCUGCUUUUGAUAGACACCUUGCAUUAAAAUGAUUCAAAUAUUUUAAGUAAUUUUGCUUUAUCCAGUGUCAGACAUUAAAAACUAUACUAGCUGUUAUUUGGUGUUCUUUGAAAGGUUACUUGUUUUUGCAGAUUGUUGACAGAAUCUGCUGAAGAUCAGAAGAUAAACCUAUUCAACACUUUGCAGGUGAAGCUGAAGAGAUUCCAGAAAGCUUUUAAAAGUUAUCAGCUGAAUUAAAAUAAAUGGGGAAUAAUCUAACAGAAGACAACUGUACAAUUGACAAUCAGGGACUAUACACUUUUUAUUCUUCUGUGAUGAUUCUGGAGUUCCUGCUGGCUCUACCUCUGAAUCUUUCAGUGCUGUACAUCUUCAUCUUCAGAUUUAAAUUCUGGAAAACAAACACCAUCUUCCUCUUCAACCUCGUCUUGGCGGACAUUCUGCUCCUGGCAUGUUUGCCUGUGAAAGUGUAUUACUACCAACAUGGAUAUCGUUGCAGUGUUAAUGAAACCACCUGCAAAGCAAUGCUUUUCAUGCUAUUUCUAAACCGUGGAGCAAGCAUUGCUUUUUUGACAGCUGUUUCUGUAGAUCGCUACUUGAAUGUGGUUCAUCCCCAUAAAAAAAACUAUCUGAAGCUUGCGAGACGGAAACCACACAUAUCGGUGUUCAUCUGGGUAUCCCUGCUGCCGCUGACUAUACCCACAAUGUUGAGGACAUUUGAGUGCUGUAAUAUCAUUGAUCAUGUAAAAAUCAUCCAGAAGCUGAGUCAGAGGAGCAUAGGGAAGAAGGUGAAGAUUCGGAGAGCUGUGUUUUUGGUAAUCCUGGUAGUGGUGGUUUUCGGAGUCUGCUUUCUGCCAUGCACCACCUCUAGACUUGUUCUGUUGGUUGUAAGAAUUAAGAACUUACAUUACAUAGAAAAAAUCGCUGCCCAGGUCAAUGAUGGUAUUACAUGUCUUUCCUACAUAGACUGUUUGCUGGAUCCUAUUGUGUAUUGUUUCUGCAGUUCAAAUUUUAAAACAGUUUACAUGUCAAAUUUCUGUCCAUGUCUAUUAAAGAAGGAGACAAAUACACAGGAUACAUCUACAAGAACACGCUUCACAAAAACUAAUGAACAUACAGUAGCCUUCUGGGUAACAGGUAAAUAGGUUUUUGUUUGUAUAUAUUGGUUUAUUAGCAAUCUGAAGGUGUUAAUAAUUAGAAACAUAGAAAUGUGCCAUGAUUUUAAAAAUAAUUAUUAAUAAUGUAGCUCAGAUGAGCGGGGGGCAUGGAUUGCAAGUCCUUUACCUUGGACUGGCUGUACCCCUGCUAAUACAGCAGCCCUGAGACAGCAGCUCAGUGAGAAAUUGAACACCCUUUUCGUCUAGAGCUGUCCUGUUCCAUGAGUCUUUAAAUAGUGUGAGCCUUCUGUCCUCACUCUUUUCCCCCUGGGCUAUAAUUCACAUUCAUUAUGGUGCGCUUGCUCUGCCAUCUGGGACUGGGCUAAGAUUAUGUUUCUUUCUGUAAAAUGUGGCUGUUUAUUCUAAUUUAUUGUAGAAGUUAGAUGAACACAAUAAUUAAUCGAAGAACGCAAUAUUUCAUGACUAAAAAACAAAUAGGCAUGGAGUGACAUAAACAAUAGUGUAAGUUUUGUCUUAGUAACACUUAAAUACUUAAGUAUAAUUACUUAUUCUGCUUUUUUUGUUUUGUGUGUUUUA